UAAUAGACUUGCUAGUCGCGCGUAUCUAAUAAAACUAAUAAGGAGAAAUAUACGAGUACUCUAAAGGUUUGAUAUAUUUAUAAAACCAAAAUGGCAGAUGAUGAAUGGCAAGAUGAACCGGUUACGGCGAUGCCUUCAGCACCCGUAACUUCAGGAUACGACAGCCGUCCGAGAGGAGGUGGCAGAGGCAGAGGACGCAGUAACGAUUCCAAUUGGAGAGCACGUGGCCCUCAGACUAGUAACUACGAUGACCGGCGCGACAAUAGAGACAGAGAUCGUCGGGAUGGGGGCGACCGGCGCAACGGAGAUCGCCGGAAUUUUUCACGACAAGACGAAGGUAACAGAAAAGUAAUUUCAGUCCCUUCCUCAAAGAUCGGUCGCGUAAUCGGUAAGGGUGGGUCUAAAAUCAAAGAUCUGGAAUUUGAAUCUGAUGCUAAAGUCAAAAUCGGAGAUACUAGCGGCGACGAAGCUGAAAUCACGUUGACGGGUACUGAUGAGGCUAUCGCAAAGGUUGAGGACAUGAUUCAAGAUCUCGUCAAAGACUAUAAGCCUGCUGGAUCACGAGAUUUGAACACCAGUAACAGCAGUACUCAGUCUGGCGAGUUUUUGAAAAAAAAUGAAAAUGGUGUGGAAGUUAUUGACUGGUCAAAGUUGAAUUCGUUUUAUGAAGAUAGUCAGAAGGAGCGAUGGAGCAAGCUACCUCCUAUUGUCAAAGAUUUCUAUAAGGAAGAUCCUCAAGUAGCUGCAAUGCCGCCUGCUGAAGUUAGUCGCUGGCGUAAAGCAAACCAUGAUAUUCAAGUAAAGAGAACUUUUGAUGAAAAACCUGGUUUAAGGCCUAUUCCUAAUCCAGUUCUGACAUUUGAACAAGCAUUCCACCAGUACCCUGAGAUUCUGGAGGAAAUUUAUAAGCAGGGCUUUAAACAACCCUCUCCAAUUCAAAGCCAGGCUUGGCCAGUUCUACUAAGAGGUGAUGAUUUAAUAGGCAUUGCUCAAACCGGUACUGGCAAGACAUUAGCUUUCCUUCUGCCAGCUCUAAUACAUAUUGAUGGUCAGACUACCCCAAGAGAAGAGAGAGAAGGUCCAUCCGUCCUUAUAUUGGCUCCCACCAGGGAGCUAGCUUUACAGAUUGACAAAGAGGCAUCCAAGUAUCAAUACCGAGGCAUUAAGUCAGUGUGCUUAUAUGGAGGGGGAGACCGUAAAGAACAAAUCAAAGUAGUGUCCAAAGGUGUAGACAUUGUCAUUGCUACUCCUGGACGACUGAAUGACCUUAUAAUGGCUAGGCACUUGAACAUCAUAAACUUUUCGUACAUUGUCCUUGAUGAGGCUGACAGAAUGUUAGACAUGGGCUUUGAACCUCAAAUCAGAAAAUCCUUGUUUGAUGUCAGACCUGACCGCCAGACAGUAAUGACCUCAGCCACCUGGCCCACAGGUGUGCGGCGCUUAGCAGAGUCCUAUAUGCAGGACCCUAUCCAGGUUAAUGUGGGAUCACUGGAUCUUGCAGCUGUUCACACAGUGACACAAAAAGUUGUAUUUGUUGAGGAAGAUGACAAAGAGCAAUAUCUUCUAGAUUUCUUAAACAACAUGGAGCCUACAGACAAGGUGAUUGUUUUCUGUGGCAAGAAGGCAACAGCAAACCACAUUUCUACUGAACUGGCAAUAAGAAACAUUAGUUGCCAAGCUUUGCAUGGAGACAGAGACCAGAGUGAUCGAGAAGCGGCUUUAGAGGAAAUGGUUGAUGGGACAGUUAACAUUUUAAUUGCCACUGAUGUUGCUUCCAGAGGAAUAGAUAUCAAGGACCUCACUCACGUUAUUAACUUGGAUUUUCCGCGUCACAUCGAAGAGUACGUGCACAGAGUAGGCAGGACUGGUCGGGCAGGAAAGACAGGCAUUUCACUGUCAUUGAUAGCGAGGAAUGAUUGGGCACACGCAAGGGAGUUGAUAAAAAUUCUUGAGGAGGCUAAUCAGGAAGUUCCUGAUGAAUUGGAGCAAAUGGCACAGAGGUUUGAAGCCAUGAAGUUGCGUCGGGACGCUGAAGGAGGCGGGCGUGGGGGCCGUGGCGGCGGACGUGGUCGCGGAGGUCGUGGAGGAGGUUAUGGCGGUGGCGGCCGCGAUGGAGGCUACGGGGGUGGCGGCCGCGAUGGAGGCUACGGCGGUGGCGGCCGCGAUGGAGGCUACGGCGGUGGCGGUCGCGAUGGUGGCUACGGGGGUGGCGGUGGAUAUGGUGGGAGAAGAGACAGAUUUUAGUUUCUUUCUCAAUUUUUGACUGUUACUGAGGGUCUCAAAAAUAAUAUCUAUUCUUACGGCAUGUUAUGCUUAAGUUUAGAAAUUUAAGGGAAAGUAGAGACAAAAAUCGAUUUAAGUCACAAAAUGUUCAGUCUUCCAUGCUAGACUACAAAAAAGUUUUAAGAACUCUCAAGAUCUACCAUCUUAAUUUGACUACUUUUUUGAAACAUCCAAUCUACCCGCUACUAUUACUACCCGCCCCUCUUUAAUAUUACUUAAUAUACCUAGUAGUAUUUGUAUUUUUUCCAGACUGAAAAUAAGCCAAAGGCUUAAAACAUAUUCAGUUAAGUAUUAUAUAUUGUUUAUUUUUGUUUAUCUCUUGUUGCGAGUCGAUGAAGAUGACUGUGAUCUGACAGUAGACUGUGAAACAAUAUGUGUUAUAGUUUAUAAGGUAUACAUUGGAAUGCAAUUCACGGCAAACUAGGGCUGGAAGGUCAACAGAACUUCAAACAUGAAAAUAACAAUACUUAGGCAAAGCUAAUAUUGGCUAUUAUAUAGGCAAGGAGUGCUUGUGGAGAUAGGUAUAUUUUAGCAUCUUAGCUUCUUCAAUACAGGUAUGGUGACUUAUGCACCAUUUACUUUCAUUUAUUUAUGUGUUCCUAACAUUCUGUAUGUGUCUUUAGGUUCUUUGUCACAUAAAGACCAAAACAAGCUAGAGGGGAGGAUGCUUGGUUGGUUUAGUCUUUAUGCGACUAAGAACGCGUAGACACGUUCGAAACGUCUGUACAAUUAAAAGUAUAAGCGAUUGAGGUUGUUAUGUUAAAAUGUGUGAGCGAAAAUUGAAAUCAAUACUAACUAGGUACUUAUUUGAUGUAUGUGUGUAGGUACCGCAUUAUUUUUAUAAUAUACAAACAAAUAACUUUUCUAAUACCCAUAGACUAGGAAUCCUCUAGACCGAGUUUAGAGCAAUUAUUUCAUGCAACCGAUGAUGCCAAAAAUGCGGGGGUGAGCGAAGUCUCGUGCCGUGAUUGGUCCGUUCAAACACACGGACGUCACACAGACACUUUCGACUCGAACAUGGAGUAAAAUUACCGUGUGCGUUAGAGGGUAGCGCGACUAUGCUCGGUCUAGAGGAUUCCUAGUCUACGCUAAUACCUAAUUUGCCGUGAAUUGAGAAUUGUUACCAAUCCUUGUUUAUAAGUUUAUAUAACAUUGUCAUUAAGAAAGGACCAUCUGAAUUUAUGAGAAAGGUGUAUUUCUGAAUACCUGUUACUUGAUUAAAAUAAAAAGCAUUUUAGUUUGGUUUAUCAUGUAUAUUGUUAACAUUACAUGUUAUGUUUUAAUUUAAUAUCAUUACAUUAGAACCUGCCUGCCACAUAAAGUGAAGCCCAAAAACAGCAAUCAAUAUUCAUAAGUUGUCUUAACCACGUAGCGUAGCAAAUUGAGAAUAGCGUAAAUAGGUAACAUUAAUAACAUUCUUAUAAUACUAUGUGCUUUCUAAUUUAAGACAACCUCGUGCAUACAUUUUUCACAU